UGGGGGAGCCUGGGGUGAGCACGGGCCCUCUGGGGCGGGGAGAGGGGAUGAGGACACCGGGUUGCUUCAGGCCUGUUCGCGUCCAGGCCCAGCAGGCGCUGGGCGAACUCUGUGCCCCGCUGCUCCGCGCCUCCGUUUCUUCCGCUGGAGAAUGGGCCAGAGCGUAGGCCCACCGCCAGGACGCGGCGAGGCAACGCCAGGACUUAUCCGCCCGUGAUCCCCGCCGCUGCCUGCGGGAGACCUUGCACCCUCGUGGCCCCCGGUCGCGGACGCCGCGUCCAGGCCCCGCGUCCCCGCCAGGGCGGAGCUUGCACCGGCCCCGCCCCUCCGUCCCCCGCGCUCCGGCCGGCGCGCCCCCGGCCCAGCUGCGGCGCGUGACGCGGGGCGCGCGGCUCCGGCGGCCACCGCGGGCGGGCGCAGGCGGUGGGGACGGCCGGCGAGCGGGCGGCAUGGCGGCAGCGGGGACCGCGUCGGGGCCGGAGCCCAUGCCGAGCUAUGCCCAGCUUGUGCAGCGCGGCUGGGGCAGCGCGCUGGCGGCGGCGCGGGGCUGCGCGGACUGCGGCUGGGGACUGGCGCGCCGCGGCCUGGCUGAGCACGCGCACCUGGCGCCGCCUGAGCUGCUGCUGCUGGCGCUCUGCGCGCUCGGCUGGACGGCGCUGCGCGCGGCGGCCACUGCGCGCCUCUUUCGGCCCCUGGCCAAGUGGUGCCGCCUCCAGCCCAGAGAUGCCGCCAAGAUGCCUGAAAGCGCCUGGAAGUUUCUCUUCUACCUGGGCGCCUGGAGCUACAGUGCCUACCUGCUUUUCGGCACCGACUACCCUUUUUUUCACGACCCACCCUCCGUCUUCUACGAUUGGGUGCCAGGCAUGGCGGUGCCGCGGGACAUCGCAGCCGCCUACCUGCUGCAGGGCAGCUUCUAUGGCCAUUCCAUCUACGCCACGCUGUACAUGGAUGCCUGGCGCAAGGACUCAGUGGUCAUGCUUGUCCACCAUGUGGUCACCUUGGUCCUCAUCGUCUCCUCAUAUGCCUUCCGGUACCAUAACGUGGGCAUCCUCGUGCUUUUCCUACAUGACAUCAGUGACGUGCAGCUGGAGUUCACCAAGCUCAAUGUCUACUUCAAGUCUCGCGGAGGCUCCUACCAUCGGCUGCAUGCCCUGGCGGCGGACCUGGGCUGCCUCAGCUUCAGCCUCAGCUGGUUCUGGUUCCGCCUCUACUGGUUCCCGCUCAAGGUCUUGUACGCCACUUGCCACUGCAGCCUGCGCUCGGUGCCUGACAUCCCCUUCUACUUCUUCUUCAACGCGCUCCUGCUGCUGCUCACCGCCAUGAACCUCUACUGGUUCCUGUACAUCGUGGCUUUUGCUGCCAAAGUGCUGACGGGCCAGGUGCGUGAGCUGAAGGACGUGCGGGAAUACGACGCGGCAGAGGCCCCAAGCCCCAAGCCCAGCAAAGCUGAGCCCCGGGGACAUGGCAGCAGACGCGGCCCACUGGAGCCUAACGUCCAAAACAGAGACUGUAAUGAAGACGUGGAUGAUGUGGCGACAGAGUUAGAUGCUGAAGCCGCUGAGGAACGGCCUGGUGAAGGACAAGCGCUUCUGAGCCCCUCGGCCCCCGCCCCCCCCCCCCGGACCCAGCCCCGCCCCGCCCCGCCCCCUGGCACCGGCCACGCCUCUUCCCGAGGGACCCCUGCCCCGCACCCCCGAGACCUCGCCCCCUGGGGUGGUCCCGUCCCGCUUCAGGGCCACGGCCACGCCCCCGGGGCCCUGACCCCGCCCAACCUCAGACCCCGCCCCGGCUCCUCCUGGGGCCCUGGCCCCGCCCCCAGCCCGCAAGUCUAG